UUUUCUAAAAAAAUAAACGGCCUUCCUACUUCUGCAUAUUGAGUAAUUUAACUCAAACUAUGUCAUCAUUUCUAUAUUUAAAGUAUAAAGUUUCUAUUAAACGUGAAAAUCAUUAUUAAUAUAAUUUUAUGAUAUAUGCGAAAAGUAUUAUUUUACCCUCUCUCUCUAAAAGAAUCUCAGUGAAAAAAGAAAACAAAAAAGAAAGCCGACGAGGAUGGGAUUCGAACCCACGCGUGCAGAGCACAUUGGAUUAGCAGUCCAACGCCUUAACCACUCGGCCACCUCGUCACGUGUAAAGGUAUGUUCGAAAUAUUUGUGAUAUGGCUCUCACCCGGUUUUUCGUGUUCAGAAUCGUUCGUCCUUGACUUUAUGUGAUUGCAUACAAUUUACGAAAAAUUGUUCCAGUUCGACUUUACAACGUGUAUUAGCAGUGCCAGUCUGUGCGACGUAGUGCGCGCGUUAUGAGUGUCGGCACGCAACAAGCAGUUGAAAGCUACCGACUGAUAUAUGAUGUGCUUCACGUAUAAAAUUAAAACAGUUCCGAAACAAAAAGGUUCGGUCGCUUUUCUAAUAUAUUUUUUUAAUUGUGACUAAACCAUUCGACGAAAUAAAUUUGUCAACAUCAACUCGAUUUUAUCGAUCUCCGCAAAUGUUCCUUAUCUGUCGAUGCAUCUGCGAAUACGUGCGGUGAAUUUAGAGGGGAACGUUUUUUCAAUUUUAUCAUACGCAACACGUAUUGUAAAAUCUGCCAACUGUUAGUUACUGCAUGGAGUUUAUGGUUAACUACAGUGGGUAAAAAACAUGUUCGCUCGAUCUAUCAGAAUAUAUUGCUCGCGCUGUUGACACAUGUAAUCAGAGUUUAUCGUAACAUAUUUCUACGUUAUAUAAAAUCCCCUCUCUCUCUAAAAGAAUCUCAAAUAUUUCUCUAUCCACUGUAUUUCGUUCAUCGGAUCCAUUGUUAUAUAUGUUAACACGAACACAUUCUAUCGGAUUAAGCGUACGUCAAUGUUUCUGAUGAUGAUUAUGACAUACUGAUAAUAAACUGAUAGUAAAUGAUCAGUCUGUGCACGGUACGUCGUGCGACGGAUUUCGAGAAAGUUGCGGUGCGCGGAAAAGCACAUAGUUCAUACAAUUCUGAAGGUUUAACGAUUUUUCACGUGGGAACGUAACGUGAAUAGAGAUAAGAGCGUGGAAAUCAAUUUCGUUGUAUCUACAGCAGAUAUCGCGUGUAGUAAUCGUAAUCACUACUGUUCGGUAACAACCUCCAUCCCAUAUACGUGUUCUCCGCUCUAUAUGUAUUUUCUACUACAGGCUUAUUUAUAAUGAUGUGUGUGAUGUAACAUAAAAUUUCUUUAACAUAAUUCGAGAACAUUUGUGUCAACUACUCUCGUGACCCUUACACCGACGAUAAGCUGGCACGAUAUCAGCAGAGCUAGUAUCGGUGCAUACCGUAACAGAUCUCCGAGUUUGAUACAGAGUUUCGUUAGAAUGGCUGAAACGCUGGAGUUCACGUCGGUGUACGACGAUGCCACUGCGAAAUUUCUCGAGAGCGAAUUCGCGAGGCUCGAAGGCGAGUGCUACGUGGAUCAUGCGGGCGCAACUCUGUAUUCGGACACGCAGGUCAGGAACGUAGGAGCCGACCUGCAUCGCUGUCUCUACGCUAAUCCGCACUCCGUCGGUAUUCCCAGUUCAUCGACGCGGGAUAUCAUCGAGCGUACGAGAGAUCGAAUCCUGAGUCACUUCAAUACUACUCUCGACGAGUACAGCGUUAUCUUUACUUCGGGCGCUACGGCGAGCCUGAAGACGAUCGCCGAGACGUUCUCGUUCGAGGCGCACGGAAGUAACGAAACCGGGCGGCGUGCGGGAAAUUUCGUUUACGUCCAGGACAAUCAUACGUCGGUCCUCGGGAUGCGAGAUGUAGUCGCUGCCAGAGGUGCCGAGGUCAUCUGCCUCGGUCACGAUCGGGCGUUUCAAGUUUUCGAGCGGCACGCGACUUCUCGCGAUCCCGACGACAAGGAGAGGCGGAAGAGCGGCAAUUCGCUUUUCGUGUACUCCGCGCAAUGCAAUUUUUCCGGGUUGAAGUACCCUCUCGAAUGGAUCAAGGACGUGCACGCGGGAGCGUUAUCCACCGUGGUCGGUGAAUCGCCGACCGGCUGGUACGUUCUACUCGACGCCGCCGGUUUCGCGCCGACGAAUCAUUUGGAUCUGUCCGCCUGCAAGCCCGACUUCGUCUGUCUGUCUUUUUACAAAAUGUUCGGCUACCCCACCGGCAUCGGCGCGCUGCUGGUUAAGAACUCCAGCUCGGACGUUCUGGAAAAGGUUUACUACGGCGGCGGCGCUGUGGACGUCGCUCUCGGUUCUGAAAUGUUUCAUCGAAAACGUCAAGUGUUACAUCAAAGAUUCGAAGACGGGACUGUGCCGUUCCUCUCGAUCGCGUCGCUGCGAUACGGCUUCGACAUACUGUCGAAACUCACCAUGGACAAGAUAUCGAGGCACGUUUUCUCUCUCGCCAAAGUCCUGCAUCGUUCCUUGUUAACGUUGCAUCAUCGUAACGGCAAACCGGUUGCGAAAUUGUACGCGGACAGCAAUUACGAGGACCGUAACUCGCAGGGGGGUAUCGUUACGUUUAAUCUCAUCCGGUCCAACGGCGAAUACGUGGGUUACAUGGAAGUCGUGAACAUGGCGGCGCUAUUCAAAAUACACCUCAGGACUGGCUGCUUUUGCAAUCCCGGCGCGUGCCAGAGACAUUUGUCCCUCGCGACCGGGACGAUCCUUCAGAACUAUGAGGCGGGAUAUGUGUGCGGCGGCACCGUGGAUUUGGUGAACGGAAGACCGACCGGAGCGGUGAGAGUCUCCUUCGGCUACAUGUCCACGAUUACAGACGUCGAGACGGUUCUGCUCAUGAUCGCGAAGUGUUUCGUGGACGGGCCGAGCGUCAGGAAAUUACCCGCAUGGUGGGAAGAUCACAGAACGAGAGCCUCUAAGAAGUACCGAGGGAGACAUUUUUACAACUCCAACAUCUUAGAUCGUGCCAUUCCGCCUAUCACAGAUAAGAAUAAAGUGAACAAUAACAUGCGAAACAAUCUCCGCGAUAAAAGCGAAAAUCUCAACGGUACUGUGGGUUUUGUAAAUUCUGACAAUACGACUGCACGAACGAACAAAUGCACUUUGCAGCGAUUGUUUAUUUACCCGGUGAAAUCGUGCGGCGCGUACGAGAUUACGGACUCGUGGAGUCUAAAUUCAAAAGGUCUGGAAUACGACAGAGAGUGGAUGAUAGUAACAUCCUCUGGAAUUUGUCUAACUCAAAAGCACCAGACAAAUCUGUGUUUGCUGAAGCCUGUUAUUUUUAGAGAGCGGAAUAUCAUGGAGCUCUCGUAUCCAGGAAUGCCAACAAUUCGAAUACCUUUGGAAAUUACUUAUAAAGAGUCAAUGGACCGUUCUGUGUACCGAAGCAGAGUGUGCGAGAGCAGAGUAGAAGGUAUAGAUUGUGGACCGGAAGUUUCGGAGUGGUUAAGUUUGGCGUUGGGCAAACCAAACCUUAGAUUAAUUCGACAAAGCCAUGGGAGGCAAAAGAAAGGAUCAGACAAGGAAUUAUCAUUUUCUAGUCAAGCGCAAUAUUUGGCAGUAAAUGAAGCGAGCGUCUCAUGGCUCAUUGAUAAGGUAUCUGAUGAUGUAGAUUUUAAGAGAGAUACUGCCGUGCAUCGAUUCCGCGGAAAUAUUAUUGUAAAAGGUUGCAACGCCUUUGAAGAAAUGCAAUGGCAAUACAUUCGUAUAGGGAAUAACAAUUUCAAGGUAAAUGGUCCUUGCACAAGAUGUCAAAUGAUAUGCAUAGAUCAAACAACCGGAAGGAAGACCAUUGAGCCAUUAAGAACAUUAGCGAAAGAAUUCCAUGGAAAGUUAAAAUUUGGGAUUUACCUGACCCGAUUGGGGAAUGCGCAAAAUCUACUUAAAAUCGGCGAUGAUAUUUACUAUUCUUGAAUAUACAAUUGAACAUUAUGU